UGCCAGUCGCAGGGCUCUGCUUGCAUCUGCCUGUUUGCAAUAAAAUUGUUAUUUUCGCAAUAAUUUUGAAAAAACUCGUACGAAAAAUACCGGAAAGCGUGUGAGAAAUCAAUAAAACAUUUUAACAUUAAUUAAAACGUCUGGCCGAGUCCUUCAAUUGCAUUUGUUGCCUAGAUAAUUAUUUGUUAAAAAAAAGAACAAAACAACAGAAUAAUGACGGUGGUAGCAAGUGGUGGUGAUGCAGUUGGAGGUAACAUAGGUUUAAUAGCCAUGUUGGCAGAUAAGGUGGGCGUAGGUGAAGCGGCUAUACGUUUGUUAUUUACUCUAUUUGCCGGUUACCCCAUAGCAUUUAUUUAUCGUUUCUUAAUACAGCCUCAAUCUUCUAAGCCGGUACACCACAUUUUCUUUGCUUUGUGUGGUUUUGGUUUGUGUUUCUUUAACUAUGGCUUUGAUACUUAUCACUCUUUAAUCUCGAUUUGGAUUACAUAUCUAUUGGUGCGUUUACUGCACAAUAACACCCAACAAUUGGUGGCCAUUAAUUUCGUUUUCCAUAUGGCUUAUCUCUUAACCGGCUAUUACUUUACCGAGAGCAAUGAAUAUGAUAUUUUGUGGACUACUCCUCAAUGUGUUUUAGCUUUGCGCAUGAUUGGUUUUGCUUUUGAUAUUGCCGAUGGCCGUAAGCCUAGAGAGAAGUUGUCGAAAGAUCAACAGGAGUGUGCUUUAGAACAGAUACCUUCUUUACUGGAGUUGUCUGCUUAUGCUUAUUUCCCCAGUUCAUUUUUAAUUGGUCCUCAGUUUCCGUUUAAACGUUAUCAGCGUUUUAUCAAUGGUGAAUAUGCCCAAUAUAAGGGUUUCGUUAAGGCUGGUUUAACCCGCCUGUUAGUGGGUUUGUUGUAUUUGGCUGUGCGUCAAGUUGGUGCCAUGUUAUUCCCUGAUAACUACUUCUUAACCGAUGCUUAUCGUAAUCAACCAUUCUUCUGGCGUUUAAUCUAUUUGGGCUUCUGGGCGAAGUUCUCUUUGUACAAAUACAUUUCUUGCUGGCUGUUGACCGAGGGUGGUCUUAUGUCUUUGGGCUUCACUUACAAUGGCAAAGCCGCAGAUGGUAGUGAUGAAUGGAAUGGUUGUUCAAAUGUCAAAUUAUAUUUACUAGAAACUGGUAAUACCAUGGAACAUUACGUCAAAUCCUUUAAUGUCAAUACAAAUCAAUGGGUGGCCUCUUAUGUAUACAAACGUUUGAAAUUCUUAAACAAUCGUACCAUAAGUUAUGCAGCAGCGCUAUUUUUCUUAGCAGUAUGGCAUGGUUUCCAUACCGGAUACUAUAUGUCCUUCUUUAUAGAGUAUAUGAUAGUAACCACCGAAAAACAGAUCGAAGGUGUUUACAAUAAAUCAGUGGUCACCAAUUAUGCUUCCCUUGUCGAGACGCUGCCUUUUAAAAUCUUAAAAUUCAUCGCCUUGAAAUCAUACAAUUUAAUAUAUAUGGGCUGGUGUCUAACACCCUUCAUAUUCUUAAGCUAUGAACGUUGGAUUGAGGUCUUUAAAGCAGUAAAUUAUUUCGGUUUUGUCUAUGUGGCCAUUUGGUUUGUUAUCUAUAAAUUAAUUAAGGCAAUGAGUGCGAAAUCACGCUCAAAACAGGAACGUGUUGCCAGCAAGGCUACCGAUUUAUCGCCCACAAUUAAUGAACAACGUACAACAGAUAGCAAGGCCACAGAUCUGUCUCCAACUUUAGAAGAAAAUAAAAAAGACAAUUAAACAAUUAAGACGUAGAGAAACAAAAAAAAAGAAAGACAAUUUUUUGCAUUAAGCAGAGACAAGUUUAAAGACCUUGUUAAAAUGUUAUUUCCCCUCCAGAACACAGGCUUAAGAAAUUUUUGCAAAAAA